CCAGUUUGGCCGAAGCCGCUCUGCCCGGCGCGGCAUGCCUGCACGCUGUUGGUGUGUAAGUGUUCUGGCCCACGCUCGGGCAAGCUCUCGACCGCCACCGGGAUCAUGGACGGCCUGCCCUGUGAGCUGGCCGAGCUCGGCGGCUACGCCGCCCUGCGCCCUGCGCGGCACGGGCGCCCCCAGCGCUCGGCGCCCUUCGGUGCGCGCGCCGACGCGCUGGCCGCGGCGCUCGACGAGCACAGGCCCGCACUGCCGGCGGCACGGGCGAGCGACGGCAGGGACACUCUGGACGACCGCAUCGACGAGGUCCCCGAGGACGAGGUGCCGGAAGCCUUUGCGUGCGCGCUGGACGCGCGCCUGCGGCGCUGGAGGCGCCGGACGGCGUACGCCCAGGAGCAGGCGGCCGCGACGGAGGCCAUCCACCGGGCCCGGGCCGCCCUGCACGGCGGCGAGGGCGAGGAACCCGGGCAACGAGUCGCGGUCGCCAGAGAGCCACGCGCCUGCGACCGACUCCGCCGCGGGCCCAGCUCCGAGGCUGUGGGCCGGGCGGGGCUGGAGAGGCCCAUCUUCCGCCGGCCGACGAGGCCCGAGCCGUCAGGCACGGCGACGGGGGGCCAGGGCAGGCCGCGCACGCCGGAGGGUUCCGCCGUGGAGGUGGCCUCCGCCGCAGAGGGCACCGCCCCAGGCGUGGCCUCCGCCGCAGACCCCGUCUUGAGGCGAUAG